AUGCGGACCUCGAAGUUUGCGACGGCGCCCCUUGCCUUCGAGGACGACGCGGAGGCGGAGGUCGCGCGAUUGGAGAAGCUGCGCGAAGAUGACCCCAUCGCACUGCAGGAUGCGGUCAACACCUCACGAGCACUGGUGGAUGCCGUGAAGGACAACGACAUCGAUGAGCUCAGACGAGUGGUGGCCAACGCAGAUGAGGGCGAGUUCAUACAGGCCUUCAUCCUGCAGGCCUUCGUCCUCGCGCUCAAGGCCUCCUUGCUGGAAAUCACUCAGCAGCUGGUCGACUGGGGAGUGCCCUUGCACAACCCACAGCUCUCCCAGGCACUGCACCUGGUCUGUGAGCUCGUUGACCGUGACAACUUCAGCAACUCCUGGCGCAUCGUGAAAUCCCUCACGGAUGGCAACUUGGAGGGCAGCCUGGACAUCAACGCCCCGCGGCACUCGGACGGGUGGACGCCGCUCUGCAUCGCCUGCGCCGAUGCAUGUCUGCCCAUGGCCUUUAAGCUUCUCGAGCUCAAGGCAGAUCCGAACACGAUCACCCGGGCCAAUGAGACCCCGCUGGCGCUGGCGAAGCGAAGCCGCGAUGACGACAGCGAGGAGCAAAAGGAGGCGCGUGGCAUCAUCUCCAAUAUGCUGCGGUCGUACGGCGGGCAAGACACCUGCAAGGAUGCUCUGCGGAUGCUGAGAAAGACCAGCCAGUCUUCAGCCCCGAGCCAGAGCCAGGCGCUUAAGGAGGAGGUGGUCACGGUGCCCGCGACCAGCUCUCAGUCGCGCACGAGAUAUCGAGGAUGA